CUAGUGUUGAAUUGCAUGACUGUUCUAGCAUAUAGCCUGUACGUGUCUCAUUUUAAUUUUGUCUUUUCUUUUCUUUUUAUUCAGACAGGGGAUUUGGCUUCUGUGCAAUUAACAGGAACCCCAAAUAGAUGGGAGGUCUUGUCUGCAGCUCCUGCCACUAUAAAGGAUGAAGCUGGUAAUAUAGUACAGAUUCCAGGUGCUGCCACAGUAACUUCAAGUGGGCAGUAUGUCCUUCCUAUUCAGAGUUUGCAAAAUCAACAAAUCUUUUCUGUUGCACCAGGAUCAGAUUCGUCGAAUGGUACAGUGUCUAACGUACAAUACCAAGUAAUACCCCAGAUCCAGACAGCGGAUGGUCAGCAGGUUCAACUUGGCUUUGCAGCCUCUUCUGAUAAUAGCAGUAUAAAUCAAGAAACUGGUCAAAUUCAGAUCAUUCCGGGCUCUAAUCAAACCAUCAUUGCCUCUGGAACACCUUCAGCUAAUAUUCAGAAUAUCUUAUCACAGUCUGGUCAAGUCCAGGUUCAGGGAGUUGCAAUUGGUGGUUCGUCUUUCCCUGGCCAAGCACAAGUAGUUACUAAUGUCCCUCUUGGACUGCCAGGAAAUAUUACUUUUGUACCCAUCAAUAGUGUUGAUCUAGAUUCUCUGGGACUUGGCAGUGGUUCUCAAACCAUGACAGCAGGCAUUAAUGCAGAUGGGCACUUGAUAAAUACUGGACAGGCCAUGGAUAGUUCAGAUACUUCUGAAAGGACUGGUGAGCAAGUUUCUCCUGAAAUUACGGAAACCGCCACUGAUAAUGACUUAUUUGUGCCAACAUCAUCUUCAUCACAAUUGCCCGUUACCAUAGACAGUUCAAGUAUAUUGGAACAAAAUGCAAACAACUUGACCACAACUAGUGGUCAGGUUCAUAGUUCUGAUCUUCAGGGAAAUUACAUCCAGACAUCAGUCUCUGAUGACACACAGGCUCAGAAUAUUCAGGUCUCCACAGCACAGCCAAUUGUACAACACAUACAGCUUCAAGAGUCUCAGCAGCCAACCAGUCAAGCCCAGAUUGUACAAGGUAUUGCGCAACAGACAAUCCACGGUGUGCAAGCAAGUCAAAGUAUAUCUCAACAAGCUCUUCAAAAUCUUCAACUGCAGCUGAAUCCUGGAACUUUUUUAAUUCAGGCACAAACAGUGACCCCUUCUGGGCAGAUAACCUGGCAGACAUUUCAAGUGCAAGGAGUUCAGAACUUGCAGAACUUGCAAAUUCAGAAUGCACCUGGUCAACAAAUAACUCUAACCCCCGUGCAGACUCUCACUCUUGGUCAAGUUGCAGCAGGUGGGGCGUUGACGUCAACUCCAGUUAGUCUAAGCACUGCUCAAUUGCCAAAUCUACAGACAGUUACAGUAAACUCUAUAGAUUCUGCUGGUAUUCAGCUGCAUCAAGGAGAAAAUGCUGGCAGUCCUGCAGAUAUUAGGAUUAAAGAAGAGGAGCCUGAUCCGGAAGAGUGGCAGCUCAGUGGUGAUUCUACGCUGAAUACCAAUGAUCUAACACAUUUGAGAGUACAGGUGGUAGAUGAGGAAGGGGACCAACCACAUCAAGAGGGAAAAAGACUGCGGCGAGUAGCUUGCACGUGUCCCAACUGCAAAGAAGGUGGUGGAAGAGGCUCCAACUUGGGAAAAAAGAAACAACACAUUUGUCACAUACCCGGGUGUGGCAAAGUAUAUGGGAAAACUUCACAUUUGAGAGCUCACCUCCGCUGGCAUUCUGGAGAGCGUCCAUUUGUUUGUACCUGGAUGUUCUGUGGCAAAAGGUUCACUCGCAGCGAUGAGCUUCAGCGACACCGAAGAACGCACACAGGUGAGAAGAAAUUUGUCUGUCCAGAAUGUUCAAAACGCUUUAUGAGAAGUGACCACCUUGCCAAACACAUUAAAACACAUCAGAAUAAAAAAGGUAUUCACUCUAGCAGUACAGUGCUGGCAUCAGUAGAAGCAACACCUGAUGAUACUUUGAUUACUGCAGGAGGAACGACACUUAUCCUUGCAAAUAUUCAACAAGGUUCUGUUUCAGGAAUAGGAACUGUUAAUACAUCUGGCACCAGCAAUCAGGAUAUUCUUACCAACACUGAAAUACCUUUACAGCUUGUCACAGUUUCGGGAAACGAGACAAUGGAGUAAAUAUUACACAAGAUACCUAUUAAUUGUGGUUAUUUUUAUACAGUAGUGAGAAGAAUAUUGUUCCUAAGUUCUUAGAUAUCUUUUUAUUGAUGUGCAAAAAUUUUUGGAUUGACAGUAACUUGGUUAUACAUGACACUGAAAUGCCUUACUUUGUAUGAUAUUCCAUAGUAUAUUAAAAUGGUAAAAUUGCAUGGGUUUUGUAGGUACUUUUGGAAUCUAGAAGAGAUGAAAUUUUACCAAGUUAUAUUAAAAAAAAAAAGAAUUUAACGAUGGAAAUGGUAGUCUAACCAAAUGCAUCAAUCCUGUGUGGUUUAGUGUAAAAAAAUGAGAACAUGUUGGUAUUUAUCUAUUGUAAGAUAAAAGAAGUUGAUGGGUGAAAAGAAAUCAUGUUAUGAUAAAAGAAAUUUUGUAAUUUUCUUGAUGACUGGAAUUUUUAUUAUGCAUAACUGACAAAUCAAGUUUCCAAGCAAAUGUUACAUAGUGUAGGCUUUACUUAGCUCAUCAACUUGUCAUUUUGAAGCUAAUUAUUUUAAUUAGGUUAACUAUGUACAAUAUUUUAAGCAUUACUCUUGUAAGAUUUUGAAAACUACAUUUUAACAUGGAACUCUAGGGAUAGUCACCUUUUAAAUCCUAUUGAAAAGCCAUGUUUAAGAUUUAAUUUGCCAAAAUGAUGUCUUGUUAAUAUUCUUUCAAUAACCAAGGUGGGCAAUAUAACCAAUGUUAAAAAGCUUAAAAUGUUAAAAAAAAAA